AUGCUUAUCGCUGGGUCAUUACUCUUCCUCGUAUGCUCCACCAGCGCAUAUAAUUCCACCCGAUCAACCAUUUCAUAUCAGACGGCGGCUGGCGUACCCGUUGAUGGUGUUCUCAUCGCUAAUUCAAGUUCCUCAGUUUCGAAUCUAUCUAGUUCUCACGAGACAACGAACAAGGAUGUCGAAGAGCGAGCUAAUGGUGGUUUGUUCGGCAAGAUGUUUGAUACAAUUACGGACCUAGUGAAAGGACCUGUCCCGGCAGAGUAUACCUUUUACGUGACGAGUUUAAAUAA